AAGGUUUUUUUGCUGGAAUUUUUUAAAAUUGCACAGAAGAUGCGUGGUAACAUGGUGAAAUAGCGACUUGGAGCUCACUAUCACAGUGGAAAGUGUCGAACCAAAACAUAGCAGAACGUGUGUGAGUGUGUAGGUACUACGGUCCUAGAGGGUGGUUAUGUGUAUGUUGGGUUGGUUGGGUGGUUCUAUGUGUGGGCCCAUCCACAUCGGCGACGAAUGUUUUGUGGUUACGUUCGGUCACAGUCUGUCGUGGACCUAGUGCGGAGUAGAUCUAGAGUGUAUGAAUCGAAUCGGAUUGUAGUGAAAAAAUCGAAGUGAAUUCUAUUUUGAUUGUUUGGAGAAACAUAUUUGGCACUCGGUCUAAGGACGUCACAACCGAAGAAUGGCCGAUAAUCCCCAGGAGGGCUCCAGUGGCGGCCGGAUACGGGCCCGCGGUUUCGUAGGAGGAUCCUCAUCGCGUGGCGGCUACAACGGAGGAUCUUCACGAGGCGCUUGGCCAGGGUCGGACAAUGGAGGCGGAUAUAGAGGUGAUCACCGGCAGAAGCCUUACGAUCGUCCGGAACAUUCGCCACCGAGCGUGGCACCAACAGAGGAAGUGUCCGCAUUGGAGUCGGAAAUUAAGCAGGAGAAGAUGCAGGGCCGAGGUGAGCGUGGUGGCCGAGGAGGCUCCCGAGGUGGUCGUGGUGGACUGCGAGGAAACCGUUAUUUGCCGGAAAUUGUGCAUACCCGUACGGACACAUCGGUUGCCAAGCAAGGAAACACCGGACGACCUAUCAUGCUUCAGACCAAUUAUUUCCGUGUGCUUCGCAAUGAGGACGAGCGAAUUUUCCAUUAUCGUGUCGAUUUUAAUCCCUCGGUGGAAGCGAACAAGAAAAUGCGAGCUCUUAUGUUCCAGAUCAAGCCACACAUUGGAGGGUACGUGUUUGACGGAACGCAGGUCUUUACGCGAACAAAGUUAGAAAAGGACCCGGCGGAGUUCACAGCUAGGGACAAAUUCACCGAAGAAGACCAUGUUAUUACUUUGCGACGAGUUGGCGAUGUUACCGGUACGAAUGAAAAAGCUUUUGUGGUAUUCAACCUUAUCAACCGUCACGCCAUGGCCGGCCUCAAAUUACAACUUAUUGGGCGAAGUUUCUUCGACCCGGAAGCUAAAGUCUCAAUCAGACAGUACGGAAUUGAUCUGUACCCGGGCUAUCUCACGAGCAUCCGCCAGCACGAGCAGGAUGUGCUUAUGUGUGCCGAACUGACACACCGGGUUAUGCGCACGGACACGUGCUAUUCGCUAUUUGAACACUGCAUGAAUCAACGCGGAAACUUCAAGGACAACUACAAACGCAUGGUUCUGGGAACUGUGGUAAUGUCCACCUAUGGCAAGAACAAUACUUACACCAUCUCGGACGUUGAAUUCGACGUCAACCCGGAGAGCACUUUCGAGACCAAGAAGGGCCCGAUCACCUUCAUGCAGUACUUCAAGGACAAAUACAAUAUUGUUAUUCGGGAUCCGCGGCAACCGAUGCUGGUGUCCCGCUCAAAAGCCAGGGACAUCCGGGCGGGUUUACCGGAGCUGAUCUACCUUAUUCCCGAACUGUCCAGGAUCACUGGCAUUACCGACGAUAUGCGACGGGAUUUCCAUCUCAUGCGGGCGAUUGCCGACCACACCCGGUUGAACCCGGACAAGCGUAUCCAACGGCUGGAGACGUUCAACCGGCGGAUGCAACAGUCCAAGGACAGUUCCGAUGUGUUCAAGUUCUGGAAAACGGAACUGGACCGCAGACUGGUGGAGGUUCCAGCCCGUGUGCUCCCGCCGGAGACGGUGUUCUUCCACCCGGAGCAGGAUCAGUGCAAGGUCCUGGCAGGUGAGAUGGCCGAAUGGCAAAUGGCAUUCCGCAACAACCCGAUGUAUCUGACGGUUGCUCUCACCAAUUGGUACGUGGUCGUGCCCGGCGGUUCGGAACGGUUGAUCGUCGAUUUCAUGUCCUGCUUGAAACAAGCCGCUUCACAGAUGUAUUUCCAAAUCGAAGAGCCUCGCCGCAUUUCCAUUCCCAACGAUUCACCCGUCGUCUACGUGGAGCAGUUGAGCCAGAUCGUUCAGCGAGAUCCCCAGCUGAUCAUGUGCUUGGUGACGAACGACAAGGCCGAUCGUUAUUCGGCCAUUAAGAAGAAAUGCUGCGUGGACCGAGCCGUACCGACGCAGGUGCUGAAGACCCGAACGAUCACCCCUAAGGGAGGAAAUGUACGUACGCUGAUGUCCGUGGCCACCAAAGUAGCGAUCCAGAUGAACUGCAAGCUGGGUGGAAUUCCAUGGGUCAUCAAGAGCCCUCUGGCUUCGGUGAUGGUAAUCGGAUACGAUGUGUGCAAGGAUUCCAAGGAUAGAUCGAAAGGAUACGGAGCGUUGGUGGCCUCCAUGUAUGGAGGUGGCAUCAAACAUCCCAAGUACUACUCGACCGUAAACCAGCAUGCCCACGGAGAGGAGCUGUCCAACUACUUGGCCUUAAAUGUUAUCAAGGCGAUCCGCGCGUAUCAGUCGAGCUUUGGAAACAUCCUGCCGCAGCGUAUCGUUAUCUACCGGGAUGGCGUUGGCGAUGGGGAUUUGGGCUUCGUUUACGAGCACGAAGUCGGUGCUGUGAAGGAAAAACUGGAAGCCGCUUACAAAGGACAGGAUUUCCCGUCGAAGCUGACCUUCUUCGUUGUCAACAAGCGCAUCAACACGCGACUGUUCCAAGAUCGGAGGAACCCAACACCUGGAACCAUAGUCGAUGACGUCAUUACACUACCCGAGAGAAACGACUUCUACCUGGUUUCCCAGAGCGUCCGGCAGGGUACGGUCUCCCCGACGUCGUACAACAUUCUGAGGGACGAAUCCGGCCUCAGUGCCGAUCGGUUGCAGUUGUACACCUUCAAGCAGACGCACAUGUACUACAACUGGUCCGGUACCGUCGGGGUGCCGGCCGUUUGUCAGUAUGCCCACAAACUGGCCGCCUUGGCGGGACAGUAUUUGCAUCAAGCCCCGAGCACGUGGUUGGAGAAGAAACUUUACUUUUUGUAGACCUAAGCGCGCAUUUUGAUCCUUGGACGUACGACAAUUUACGGCAAAAGUGUUUUCAAUGUACAUGUAGAACAUCAUGUUUCACCAGCAAUUUUAACAUGUAUGUGUUUCAAAGAAUCUAUAGUAAUAAAACGAAUAUUUCAGAGACAAA